UGAAAAACGCGCGAAACGUAUCAAAUUUGAUGUGUUUAUGUAUUUUUUAGAGCUUACAGUGGAAGUCGGCACUGAUCAUGCAAUUAGAAGAGAGAAUUGUAGAACUCGGCCGCGAAAAAGAUAUCGCUGCCUUGUCUGCAUAUGUUAAUAAAUUGGGUAUUAAACAAGUGACUGCCAUCAUUACAAAAAUAUGCAGAUACCAAACAGCUCCUGAAAUUCUUACCUUCUUAUUUCAGGCUACACAUUAUGGCGGAGCAUCAGAAAUUACAAGCUUUAGAGUAUGUAAACAAGUUCUCCAGCAACUUCAAAUACAAGACAUAUCAACAAUUCAGACAAAUGCCUUGUUGACUUUAUUAAUCAUUGAAUUUGAGCACUUAGAGUCAAAGGAGUUGAUGAAGUUGACAGAAUGGUGUACAGAAUGCAUCCAGCAGCCAACAGAUCGAGUGUGUUGGAAAGAUGUUUUACCAAAACUUCUGCAUUUGUUAAAACAAAAAGAAAGGGUUGAAUAUGAAGGUGUAGAAAUGACAGGAGCUGAUUAUAAAGAUAAGAUAAUAAAUUCUCUUUGUAUGGCAAAAUGGAGACCGGAGGUAAUUAGUCCUCUGGCAGCAAUGUUUCUGGAUGUACUACUAUCUCCUGACCAGCAUUUGCAAAUUGUGUACAAAAUUUGCAAAUGUAUGACUGAAAUGCCUCCAAAUAUGGUCCCUCCAGUUGUAAAUCAACUGCUAUGGUUGUGUGAAGAUCAGCAUGGGUUACCAUUAUUCUUGGAACUACAGAAUUACUUUACGACUCAUCUCUAUAGCAUGAAACAUUUCAAAGAAAAAAGUGAUAAAUCUAAAAAUAUGGAAUUGAUGUCUGAUGACAUUGCAAAUGAUGCAGUGGACAUAAGAGAUAUUCAACGAUCUGAAAGUACAGUGCUUUUCCAUAUCAGCCAGGCUGCUGCUGGUGGGCAUUCUAUUGUGAAAGAACUAAUCAAGAGUCUGAAGAAUGUACGCAAUGCUCCAGAAUUUGUGUUAAACCCAUUUUUGGUAGCUGUUUUACUGUGUGUGUCUUCCAUAAGUUCCUAUGAAGACCAGGCUUUUGAUAUUUUGAAACUGGCAGUUAUUCGUGCAUCAACAGAAGAGGAGAAAAGGAACAGUUCAGCUUGGUUGAGAGACAUUGUUCCAAAAGUAUUAAGUAUUCAGCUUGUUUUCACCAAAGUAAUUGAAAGCAGCAUUCGUGAAAGAGAUAGAGUUAUUUCUGGGCUUAUAAAAUUCAGUUUUGUUUUACUAAGUGUGACAAAGAUGAAGAGUAUGGAAGGAAAACCAGAUAAAAUUUGGACACUGGCGAGAUACAUUUUGGUAACUGUUGCUAAAAAACAACCAGAUGUGACAACUGAAAUUGUUCAACAGCUUUUGCAGCAAAUAUUGGACCAUAAGAACAUACAAUAUAUUUCUUGUCUGAGAAAGCUGUGUGCAGAAGCUCGCAUUGGAAUGGCUGAUUCUGUCUCGGGUAUCAUUCAACUAUUAGAUAAUUUGGGUUUCUUACCUGAAAAAAUUGCCACUGAGCUAAUUCGAGCAAUAUUACCACUUCUCAGAGACAGCUCUUCAUUACGAACAACCUUAACCAUAAUUCUUCGUAAGAGCAUGUAUAGUAGGAAUGUUGAAACAAGAAAAAUGGCUGUCUCUGGAUUGCUGCUAUUUCUAAAACACAUGGAUGUUAAAAGCCUUGUUGCCCUGAGCCAAACGAGUUGCAGUCAGGGAGAUACUGAUUCAAUGGGACUUGGCUCUCUGUCACAGGUAGAUGUACAUCAGGAGGUAGGCAGUUUGGGCAAUGAAGCAACAUGUAUAGAGCUGCUAAAUAUCUUAAGAAGGUGCUUCAUGCAACAGUCUUCUGUCAGGCUUUGUCUCUAUCAAGGUCUUCAUGAUGCUGUUUGCAAGAAUCCAGAGCCAUUGGCAAAUUUAUUAUUUGUCAUUCAGCAGCUAACUGUCAAGGCACUGAGUAAUUCUGAGAACAGUAAACAUACAGCAGAUAAACUCCAACAAAUGCUUGAGUCACUUACAGAUCGCAUGAUAAAGUGCAGUUUGGAAGACCUUGGAUUUGAUAAUACAACAAAUUUCGCAGAUAUUAUACCUGAAAGUCAGCAGGCUGUGGAAAUAUUCCAUCAAACUCUUGGCAUUUAUGAAGCCCUCAUGGCAUAUACAAUAUCUUUAUGGAAGGAAACCUCUAGCAAUUGUCAGAGAUUAUCAAACCUUUUUAAGGGCUAUCACAGGUUGAUAGAAUUUGCAAAGUCAGCUUGCAAACCACGAAAAAAAGAGAAAGAUGCAGAUUCUCUGAAAGGAAAGUUAGCGGGGAAGCCACUGAAAUUACCUUCAACACUUAUGGAUUUUGAAACCGUCAACAAACUACAGGCACUGCUGAGCAGGUCACUUGGUCCUGCAUCUGUUGAAGCAGUGGAAUCACUGAAGAACCGCAGGGAAUUUUAUCAGUAUGCGAUGACAACUUCCCUGCAGCUGAUUCAACAAGCAAAACAACUGAAAGCAGAAAAUAUGCAUGUAAACAUUGACCUGUACAGACACUGUACUACAUUAGCAAGGGUAUUGUAUGAAAACUGCAUCAGCCAAGUAAUCACAUUUAAUGAUUUUGACAAUUUGACAUGUAACAUCUCAGCUGAAUGUUUUUCUGAAAUUGUCUCCCUUAUCACCGUGUACUAUAAGAGCUAUAUACCACAUUUCUUGGAGGAAAUAAGCAAUGUAUCAAAAAGUGAGGGCUUGGGUAAACAGUUGUAUGGAGUUAUUGAAAAACUUCAAGAAACGUUGAAGGAAAUAGUGAAUACUGAUGAGCAAGAACAACACGAAAAGAUCAUUGAAUUACUGGUUUCCACUUUUGAAACUCUUGCAAGUGAGAUUCCAUUUGAUUCUGAAUACUGUACCAAGAUCUAUGAAUGGGCAAAAGAACUUUGUCAGGAAACAACAACUGAAAAUGUCAAAAUAGCAAAGAGCAUUUUGCUAUUGUUAUUCAGACUGUUUAUUCUGUAUAAAUCAGCUGGUUCAAUCUUUGGACAUAUAUCGCUCCAUUUAUUGAGUAUAUAUGGGGCUACUGAAGAGGCAACUGCUGGGAAAGACAAAUUCACUCGAUUUGGUGUUUUGACUGAUAAUUCCAAAGAUGCUGCUCUCAUUGCUUUUUGUAAUGUGUUGCGCAUUAGCCUUUCUGAUAUUAACUGGGUUGUUGAAAGGCUGCAGUCAGAAUACACAGCACGCGCAUAUUCUUCAGAGUAUAGUAUUGAAUCACGCCAAGAAUUUUUAAAAAGCAAAGAACGUGAUGUCUGCUGCCAUGUAAGUCAUUAUGUUACUGUUAUUAAUAACCUCACAAAAAUGGCAGUACCAGCUGGAAAUUCAAGUGCAACAUUAUUUAGGCUGCUGACUUCUCUGUACACAACUCUUAUAACAUUGACAAAAUAUUUUUGCAUAAGAUCAUCGAAGCUGGAUCCAGCAUUUCAGACAGCAAGAUUCACUCAAGUAAUUACUUUGGCAGGCAAGCAUUUAGCCAGAAACUACGACGCCCUUAUAUCACAUGUUGAGGAAAUGGAAGGAGAAGAAGGAGGAAAGAAAAACAAAAAGGCUAACAACUUUGCACUUAAAUCCAAGGUUUUAAAAGGGGCUAAAUCCAGGACGAGUUUACUGUUUGAGAGAGAGCAGUUUGAGCAACUAAUAAUAAAGCUCUCCUCAAAAACUAAGGUAAAUCUUAUGCAGUAUGUCAAACAAAAUGCGAGUCGAGAUUUCCACAUCAGUUCAAAAAAGCUGUGCAAGGCACUUGAUCAGCAGCAUAAGGAUGGAGAUAAUGACACAAGCGUAACAACAGCUGAUGACAGUAGAAGAGAUGGAGAUGAUGGCAUUCCAGUGUCUGCUGCUGAGGAAAGACAUCCCCCAACAAAAAAACAACGCACUAAAUAAUACAAUGGAGUUUUCUGUGCUACUACAUCUCCAUUAAUUUUUCUAUAUUGUAUUUUUUUAUCAAGUUAAAUAAGUUGUUCUUCACUGCACUGUAUUGUAGAUAAAUUUGUACAAACAGUUCAACUCUAAUAAAUGUACAGUAUCCCAGUA